AUGGAGACCGUGACACGCUCAGAAGCAGGCUCCGAGUCCGCCAAGGACAUCCCACAGAAGGAUGGGGGAGUUGUCGUCACAUCGCGAGACGACGCCUCAUCGCUGGAGCAGGCCCCUCCGGCCAGGACAGCUGGCAAGCUCGAUGUGCUGGUUCAAGGUGUCGCGUUGUUCUCGGAUGGAUACAACAUUCAGAUCAUUGGCUACAUGAACACAGUCUUGGCGAAGCUCUACCCGAAGCAGAUGACCAGCGAGGUCAAGACCAGACUAUCCAAUUCUAUUCUCAUUGGCGACAUUUUUGGCAUGCUCAUCUUCGGACUCUGCAUCGACAGGUUCGGCAGAAAAGUUGGCAUCGUACUCACCACUUUCUUCUUGGUUUUGGGUAUCGUAAUUGCGACUGCCGCACAUGGAACUUCCGUGGAAGGAAUGUUCUGGAUGAUGGUAAUCGGGCGUGGAGUUGCGGGAGUUGGUGCUGGUGGAGAGUACACUGUCUGCACAUCCCAAGCUCUCGAGUGUGCCGACAGCACUGAAGCCAUGCGGAGACGGCGUGGAAUGCUCGUCGCCGUUUCCACGAAUGCUGCCAUUAUCUCCGGUUUCGUGGGCUCUAGUAUUGUCUCCCUCAUCGUCAUCGCAGCUUACAACGGCCAAGCCAGCGACGGUAUCUGGCGUAUUUGCUUCGGGAUUGGCAUCUUCCUCCCGUUGGUAAUUUUCUUCUUCCGCAUGCGACUGGUCGACUCCCAGCAGUACAAGAAACAUGCAAUCCAGUCGAACAUUCCCUACAAGCUUGCUCUGAAGUUCUACUGGAAGCCUCUCCUCGGCUGCUGCAGCGCCUGGUUCCUCUACGAUGCUGUCGUCUAUCCCUUCAACCUCCUCGCCCCUACCCUAGUCUCAGGUUUCUCCUCCCAGCAAAACAUGAUCCAGUCCAUCGGUUGGUCGGCAUUGAUCAAUGCGUUUGCUCUUCCCGGCGCUUUUAUCGGAGCGUUGUUGAUGGACCGCAUCGGCCGCCGCCAGACAUACGCCCUAGGCUGGGCCAUCGUCUGCGUUUUCGGUUUCGCAAUCGGCGGGUCCAUGAUCCAGCUCAACAACGUCUUCCCUCUGUUCGUCACUUUGUACGGCCUCUUCCAGACUUUCUUAUCCGUAGGACCGGGUGAUUGCAAUUUUCUCGUUUCCAGCGAGUCUUUCCCGACUCCGCUCAGAGGCCACUUCCUCGGAUUUGCGGCUGCGGUAGGCAAGGCCGGUGCAGCUGUUGGGACGACGGCACUCAGCGCCGCUCUCGCCAGCUUUGAUGAUCGUCUCAAGGGCCAGCAAGCCAUUUUCUUGAUUGGAAGUGGCAUUUCUGUCAUUGGCACUCUGUGUGUCUGGUUUCUGAUUCCUAACGCUCCUAAACAUCUUGAGGAUGAGGAUGUGAGAUUCAAGAAGUAUCUCGAGGCGAAUGGAUAUGAUACCAGCAAUAUGGGGUUGAAGGCUUAG